AUGGGAUCCGUAUUUGGAAGAGAAUCCGUAGCGGAGCCAGCCUUUGAAGUUCUUUUGGAAAGAGCCCAUGGUCCUGUGCAGACAACUUAUGAAAUCCGUCGCUACGGCGAACGAUUUGCUGCCGAGACUACCUACACCGGGGAUGGUGACAAUUCUCCCUUUCGGCUGUUAGCACAGUAUAUUGGAGUAUUUGGCAACCCUCAAAAUGAAGCCUCUGAAUCCAUCAGCAUGACGGCACCUGUCAUGAAGAGCGGUUCGGAAGGUGGUACUGCCAUUGCAAUGACGGCACCGGUCAUGAGAUCUGCCAACCACAAGGAAGGAGAAAAGACCAUGCAGUUUGUCCUCCCCGCCGAAUAUGAUGAAUUGUCUAAGAUUCCAAAACCAACCAAUCCCAAGGUUCACAUCAAAGAGAUCCCUCCACAAGUAGGUGCUGUCCACCGAUACAGUGGAAGCAUGGACGAUUCGCACUCGGAGAAAACGGCAAUGGAACUAGCUGCCCAACUUCGAAAGGACGGAGUUGAAAUCUCUGAUGCAGAUGCCUUGAGAAGCUACAACUUUUGGGGAUACAAUCCGCCCUUUUGCUUGCCUGCGUUUCGACGAAACGAAGUUUGGAUCGAAUUAACAACGGAUCAGGCAGAACAGUUGGUGAAGGAGUUCAACCCAGAGGAUGUCAACUAA